GUUCUGCGGUUGCAACUUUGAAUGUGUACACGCGGUGUAGAAAAAAACAUUGAAAAAAGGCAACAAUGUCGUCUGCCGCGCGUAAGAUGAUGGAAAAGUACGGCUGGAAGGAAGGCCAGGGUCUCGGAAAAGAGCGUGAGGGAGUGAAAAGCUACGUGAAGGUCGUUCGCCGUGAUCCACACACCGCGACGGGGCUUGGCCACGCGGCCGAUCCGAGUGUUAGCGGUGCUUCACACACCCUCACAACCCAAUCUGUAGAGUUGGAUGCCAUUUAUGAUCAUAUCACCAAACGUAAGCCGUCGGGGAAUUCCAACCAAUCCAAACGCGGUGCGCCCACCUCAAGCGGCCCGGAUGCGCACCUCACAAGUGCUCCCAUGGAAAAGGAAACCCAACAUCAACACGGGGAGUAUUUACCUGACCAACCGAAAAAGAUCCGACGUCGGAGUUCCUCCGACUCCGAUAAAUCAACCAGUGAUAGUGAGAGCAGCCGAGAUAGUGAUGACAACCAUCCAAGGAAAAACAUAUCGAUUACCGCGAUGUCGGAUUCCGAGCUGUUUAAACGCUGUGGGGGCGUGCGACUUGGGCGCGCGGGACGACACCGCUUCUUCGAUGGUAAACUAGCCCGCAUCGAGAAAGACAAUGCCUCUAUCUCAAGCCCAACCCACGAAAAGGAAACAAAGAACGUCUGAUGCCGCCCGCCGAGGUGUUCAUGGACGGGUCAUUGUGUGUGGAUGGCAUUCUUGGACAACUUUUGCACACCCAUACACAUACCCACACCUUUGCACAUUAAUUAAACAAUAAACCCGAUUUAAACGGACGUCGCGUACUCUAUUUUAUGGGCUCCACGCGCGGAAAUAGAUGAAGUUGGGCUAGCAGCAACGCCCAAGAUUAAAAUUCUGCUUUGAACCCAAAAGAGGGCAAACUACACUUGGCUGAAUAAGAUAGGACGAUGUGAUUGUAUCGUUUUUCCACUUUCCUUCCUGUGUACUAAUAAACUUAACAAAGUAAAACAGAGGUGU